GCUGCUGGCGGCACGGCUCGGACGGGGCCGGAGCGAUGCCCGCUCGUAGCCGAGCCGGCUCCCGCCUGCGCUCCGGCUCCCUGCCCCGGCCUUCGCGUCUGCCUCUCGAGGCGCUGUGCUCCGCCUACGCGCCGAGGACCCCCGACUCCGACGGCGCCUUAGACACCGGCUCCAAGCUGGGUCCCGGCAGCCCGGCUCCCACCGCGGAGGUGAGCGGGCGCCGAGGCUGAUGAGAGGGGAGAUUGGGGGGCGCCUGCAGCCAAGGGAAGUGGAGGAAGAAAUGGCAGGCCCUAGUCAACUCUGCAUUCGCCGAUGGACUACCAAGCAUGUGGCUGUGUGGCUAAAGGAUGAAGGUUUCUUUGAGUAUGUGGACAUUUUAUGUAACAAGCACCGCCUUGAUGGAAUCACAUUGCUCACACUGACUGAGUAUGAUCUCCGGUCUCCUCCUCUGGAAAUUAAAGUCCUAGGAGACAUUAAACGGUUAAUGCUGUCAGUCCGAAAACUGCAGAAAAUACAUAUUGAUGUUUUGGAGGAGAUGGGCUACAACAGUGACAGUCCUAUGAGUCCCAUGACUCCAUUCAUCAGUGCUCUUCAGAGUGCAGACUGGCUCUGUAAUGGAGAGCCCACACACAGCUGUGAUGGGCCCAUCCCUGACUUGAGUUCUGAUCAGUACCAGUACAUGAAUGGCAAAAACAAACAUUCUGCUCGAAGACUGGACCCAGAGUACUGGAAGACCAUCCUGAGUUGUGUAUAUGUUUUCAUAGUAUUUGGGUUUACAUCUUUCAUUAUGGUUAUUGUUCAUGAGCGAGUGCCUGACAUGCAGACCUACCCACCACUCCCAGAUAUAUUCCUGGACAGCGUUCCUAGAAUCCCGUGGGCCUUCUCCAUGACGGAAGUGUGUGGCAUGAUUCUGUGCUACAUUUGGAUCCUGGUUCUUCUUCUUCACAAGCACAGGUCAAUCCUUCUGCGAAGGCUCUGUAGUCUGAUGGGCACUGUAUUCUUGCUUCGCUGCUUUACCAUGUUUGUGACCUCCCUCUCCGUGCCAGGACAGCACCUGCAGUGUACUGGAAAGAUAUAUGGAAGUGUGUGGGAGAAACUACAUCGGGCAUUUGCCAUUUGGAGCGGCUUUGGUAUGACUCUGACUGGCGUCCACACUUGUGGAGAUUACAUGUUCAGCGGCCACACAGUUGUUCUAACCAUGCUGAAUUUCUUUGUCACAGAAUAUACACCAAGAAGCUGGAAUUUCUUGCACACUCUAUCCUGGGUUCUCAACCUCUUUGGAAUCUUCUUCAUCUUGGCUGCCCAUGAACAUUAUUCCAUUGAUGUGUUUAUUGCCUUUUAUAUCACAACAAGACUCUUUUUGUACUACCAUACUCUGGCUAACACCAGAGCGUAUCAUCAGAGUAGGAGAGCGAGAAUUUGGUUUCCUAUGUUUUCUUUCUUUGAAUGCAAUGUUAAUGGCACAGUACCUAAUGAAUAUUGUUGGCCAUUUUCUAAACCAGCAAUAAUGAAAAGACUAAUUGGAUGAAGACUCUGUCUCUGUAAUAAGUUUGUUGUUAAAUAUACAGUAGUUAUGGAAUGAAAA